UGGUUUUUGGGGUAAAAUCGUUGGUUCGCUAUGUGUGAUAGCUGGUGUCCUGACAAUCGCUCUGCCCGUACCCGUUAUUGUUAGUAAUUUCAAUUAUUUCUAUCAUCGCGAGACGGAUCAGGAGGAAAUGCAAAGCCAAAAUUUCAAUCAUGUCACAAGUUGUUCAUAUAUGCCCGGUGCUUUAGGUCAACAUUAUCGAAAAUCAUCAUUGUCUGAAUCGUCUUCGGAUAUUAUGGAUUUAGAUGAUGGUAUUGGUACUCCGGGUUUGACUGAUCAUCCAGGACGUCAUUUAGCUCCAUUCCUAAGGACACAACAAUCUUUUGAGAAACAACAACUUCAAUUGCAAUUACAACAGCAACAACUGCAACAACCUCAACAAAAUGGAGUAAGAGGGUCUAGUACUUUAAACCAGAGACACAAUAGCGCUAUGGCGGUCAGUAUUGAAACCGAUGUCUGACUACUGG